AUGGCGGACAUCCCGGGCACAGUUCAGCCACAGCCCCAGGAGGAGGAGUCCGGCUCAGGGGAGACGGCCGAGGUGGAAUGCCCCAUCUGCUACCAGGAGUACAACCAGGGGGGGAAGUGCCCCCGCAUGCUGGAGUGCCUGCAUGUCUUCUGCACUGAGUGCCUGCAGAGGAUACAGAUGUUGCCCUCCCAGCCCCCCGACCCUAACAGCCCCCCGUCCAUCUCCUGCCCCCUGUGCCGCCACCCCACCCCGCUGGAGACCGGGGACGCCCUCUCCCUCCCCUGCAACUCUCGCAUCCUGGCCCAGCUGCCCCCGCUGGCCUUCCGCAUGCCCGUCUCGGUCUCCGCCCGCCUGUCCACCAUCACGCAGCGGGUGGUGCUCUCCUUGGAGUCCCGGGACGCCCGCUUCAUCAUCCUGCCCACCGUCAGCCUGCGGGUGGAGCAAAUGGGCGCCGGGGAGGGAGACCGGCCGCCCCACGCACCUUCUGCCGCUGACCUGGAGGUGCAGCACCAACACCGGCGCGCCCUCGUCUGCGUCCAGAUGCUGGCGCUCGUCUUCUGGAUCCUGUUCGUCAUGACCUGCGUCGUCGGGGUUGUCUUUGGGCCCAGCUUCUUCCACAACUAA